AUGGCCGUUGAUAACUGCACUGUGUUCACUGAGUUCAUAUUCUCAGGACUUUCCAGCAGGCAGGAUGUGCAGGGUGAACUCUUUGCCCUUUUUCUAUUGGUCUAUGGCUUCACCGUCAUUGCCAACUUAGGGAUGAUCCUGUUAAUCAGGAUGGACUCCAGACUCCACACACCCAUGUACUUCUUCCUGAGCAAUCUGUCUUUCUGUGAUGCCUGCUUCUCUUCCAGUGUCUCUCCUAAGAUGCUGGCUGAUUUCUUAUCUGAGGAAAAGAAGAUUCCUUACAGCUUGUGUGCCAUCCAGAUGUAUUUCUGGGGUGCCUUUUCAGAUGCAGAAUUUCUCCUGUUGGCCGUGAUGGCUUAUGACCGCUAUGUAGCCAUUUGCAAUCCACUGCUUUAUACGGUUGCCAUGUCUCCAAGAAAUUGUAUCCAGCUUGUAGCAAUCUCCUAUAUCGUGGGGUUGGUUGACACGGUAAUUCACACCUCUUUAACUUUCCAAUUGAAAUUCUGCAAUUCCAAUGUCAUCAAUCACUUCUUCUGUGACAUCCCACCCUUGAUUGCUCUCUCCUCAUCUGACACGACCAUCAAUGAGAUAGUGUUGCUCACUUUAGGUAGUUUCAUCCUGGGAUGUAGCAUCUUCACCAUCCUCCUCUCCUACAGCUGCAUCCUAAUUACCAUUUUCAGAAUGAAUUCAGCUGAGGGGAGACACAAAGCUUUCUCUACGUGUGCCUCCCACCUAACCGCUGUGGCCAUAUUUCACGGUACAAUCCUCUACAUGUAUUUUCGACCCAGCUCAAGUUACUCCAUGGACCAGGACAAAAUGACCUCUGUUUUCUACUCUGUUAUCAUUCCAAUGAUAAAUCCAUUGAUCUAUAGCUUAAGGAAUAAGGAUGUAAAAGAUGCCCUUAAAAAAGCCAUGAGCUCUAAAUCAUACCCUAGAUAA